AUGUCAAACACAGAUCAGUAUACUGUUGGUUGGAUAUGUGCAUUGGAGACAGAAUAUGUUGCUGCGCGGAGCUUUCUUGACAAGAAGCAUGGCCGACCCGAAAUGUUAUCACCAAAUGACAACAAUCACUACACGCUAGGAGAAAUCGCGGGGCACUACAUCGUGAUUACGGUUCUGCCAGAUGGAGAAUACGGGUCUUCAUCAGCUGCUGGCGUUGCUAGAGAUAUGGUGCACAGCUUUCCAAAUGUUCGAUUUGGGCUGAUGGUUGGGAUUGGUGGUGGUGCCCCUACCACCCAGGACGUCCGUCUCGGCGACGUUGUCGUCAGCUCAUCUCGGAGUGGACAUGGCGGCUUGCUUCAAUAUGAUUUGGGCAAAGAAGUUCAAGACCAAGGGUUUCAUCAGACUUGGUUUUUGAAUCAACCACCUCCGAUUCUGCGCACAGCCGUAUCUGGACUCCAGGCGCAAUAUGAGGAGGAGGGCCAUCAAUUGAAGGAAAGCAUUGAGAGCGUGCUUGAGGGUAACAAAAGACUGAAACGGAAAUACGCGCGGCCUCCCGCUGAAAGCGGCAGGCUUUACAAUAGCCAAUUUACUCAUAUACUGGAUAGCCAGCCGACCUGUGCUGAACUCUGUGAUGAUUCCGAGUUAAUCUUCCGACCGGAGCGAACCGAGAAUGAAGACAAUCCUGCUAUUCACUACGGGUUGAUCGCGUCUGGAAAUAGGGUCAUUAAAGAUGCAAUAUUUCGGGAUAAACUAGCGGCAGAAAAAGGAGUCUUGUGCUUUGAAAUGGAGGCAGCUGGACUGGCGAACCAUUUCCCUUGCUUGGUCAUUCAGGGAAUUUGCGACUAUGCUGAUUCCCACAAAUACGAAGAAUGGCAAGGCUAUGCAGCCAUGGCGGCAGCUGCAUAUACGAAAGACCUCCUCCAUCAGAUUGUCCCUCAGCGGGUAAACCCCGACCGGAAGGCCCGUGAAGUUUUGGAUGGUAUUCAAAACCAACUCGAAAAUGUGUCUAGGGAUGUUCAUGAUCUUCGGAUCAUUACCGGCGAAUCAGCUAAGGAAAUCAACGCUAUAACCGAAGAUUACAUGCUGAAGGAGCUGCCAGUUGCCGCAGGAGCUGAAUUUGGAAAUUAUAUGGACCAACAUGAAGAGGGAUAUCUUCCGGGGACGAGAAAGGAGCUUCUCCUUGAUAUUGAAAAGUGGGCUGCUUGA